GUUUCGGCGGCGGCAGGGCGGGGUUUGUUUUGAGAGAGAGAGAAGACUCACCAGGGAAGAUGGCGACCGCAGGGUCCGCCGAACGGCCUGGCAGACCGGCCAGAGCCGCCGCCAACGCCGGCAAGUACCGGUCCGGGUCCAGGUCCGGAGCUGGGUGUGUGUCCGGGUCCAGUCCGCCGGAGAACGAGGCGAAGAAGCGGCCGGCGUACGUGGAGGGGCAGCGCGGCGGCGGCAGCGGCAGCCCGCCCUGCGGCCAACCGGCGGCCUGUCAGAGACGCUCCAGCAGCAGAGAGCGGCUCCGGAGGAGGAGUGACCCCGAGAAGAGUAGCAGCAGGCCGGCCAAGAGGGACUACGACACCCGGAAAGAGUUCUUCGUCUCUCCCGCUCUCGUCCCAAAGUGUUGUGACGUUUUAUCAGGACCCACCGGGAAACACAAGCUGCUGUCGUCGGAGGACAGAGAGGACGUGAAGAGGAGACACGACGAAGAGCCUGGAGUUCUGUCUGACUCGGAGAACGAGGAGCCAAUCAGCAGGAGGAUCAGGAACAUCUCGGCCUUCAUCAGGAAAACCAAAACCUCGGCAGCCUUCACGGGUGGUUCCCAGAGGAGUCAGAGCUGCACCGACCCCGUGGAGGAGCGAGGAAGGAAGCUGAAAGUCAUCACCCAGCCGGCCCUCAUGGACCGAGUCGGCAUCAGUCACAGUUUCACGGCAGGAAUCCUCCUCUCGUCGGAGAACAGCCGCUCCGUCUCGGCUCCCAUCACGGCUCCGGACCGCCGUCACCCGUGGCGACCGGUCCUGUCGUCGUCCUCCACGCCCCUGACCCUCGUCGCUCCGGCGCCGCGGGCCGAGCUCUCCGCCAGCCCCGACAGCAACGACAGCAUCUCGGAGGAACUCAACCACUUCAAGCCCAUCGUGUGCUCGCCUUGCACGCCGCCCAAACGCCUGGCGGACGGCCGCCUGCUGGAGCCCGCCAUCGUGAAGUCCACGCCGCGUAAUCUGACGCGCGGCCUGCAGAAGGCCACCAGCUACGAGGCGAGCCCCGCCGUGCUGCAGAAGUGGCGGCAGAUCGAACUCGACCGGCAGAGCCUCAAAGUCAGCUGCAAGGCCACGCUGACGAGCCCCGUCGGAGAGACGCACGGCGGAGCGGAUGCAAAGACUCACCCGCCCCCCGCGGCGCCAUCGCGGGAUGGAGACGGAGUCGCGACCGCCAACAAGAGACGGCUGCUGUUCGAGCCGCCCGCCGGAGACGCUGACGCCUUCCCGAAACAGUCGGUGAAGAUCCGAGUGCCGGCGGUCCGCUACAGCGGCGAGGCGGCCUUCAGAGGAAGUUCGGACUUCGAGCUGACGGUCGGCGCUCCUGAAUCCUGCGGCGGGAACGCACUGUUUGGGCGGCGGCGCUCGUUCUCCCCAUACACUAAGAACUCGGGUUUCCAGUCGUGUAAAUCGGCGUCGAAGGACCCGAAGGACUCGAAGGACCAGCAGGAGCUGCAGAGUCCCAGGAAGGAGUGCGACAGCGGCCUCCGCAACACGUCUACCUCGCGGCGGGGACAGAAACGAGAGCAGAAGACCAAACACCUGGACUCGGAGCGGGACUCGGAGCGGAAGAGGAGCCGCUCGGCCGGCCAGGACGCCUUCGAGGAGCGGUACGUGGGCGGGCGGACGCAGCAGGAGCGCCGGGACCGAGCCAUCGCCCUGAAACUGCAGAGACAGUUCGACAUGGAGGACCAGGCCACCAGCCGCCGGCGGAGCCCCCAGAUGUACUUCCUGCGGUCCUGGAUGUCCAAUCAGAAUCGCAGGAGGCGCGGCCUGAGGAGAUCCCGGCGAAUCAACAAGAAGCACUAGAGAGGAGGCACAAAGACAGACAGACAGACAGACAGAGAGGUUUCAUAUAUAUGCAAAGAAAGUGGCAAAAAAGUAUGAAUGUUUUUACACGAAUGCAGACUUUAAAUCACAGUCCGCUGGCGAGGAAAAGGAACAUUUCCUCCAAAGAUUGUUUGGAGAUUGGAGGGAGGAUCUCUACAGAGAUAGACCUUUUAGUUAAAGAGUAAGAUCCUUUUAGUUUAACAUGAAACAGCCCCGAAAUCACCAUCACCAAACUACACCAGACUCCA